AGAAGAAGAAGCACACCUUUUUGUGGAAAAAGAAUAAAAAUUUUGGGUUUCUUAUUACGCACAUUGCAAUCCAGGAUUUUCCCUUUUUUUUUUACCCUUCCAAUUUUUUAUUCAAUAUUGUAUAAUUGUGUAUUGGGGAAUCAUACCCAUCAGUCAAAGAAUCGAAAGAUUUCAUCUUUUUCCCAAAUUUUGAUUUUUUAAAUUUUGGGUUUCCAAAUUGUUGCUGUUUUUUUUUUGUCUCCAUUGAAGAAUGGAAUCAGACAUCAUUGAAAGUUUUGCGUCUUUGGAUUUGAUUGACGAUGACGAGAUCCAUAGCCGUCCGAUUCACCAGUUUGUUUCAGUUCCGAAGGCGCACAGCAACACCGGCAGUAACAUUCCCGGCACCACCAGCGUCCACGAGCUUCUUGAAUGCCCUGUUUGUACCAAUUCAAUGUACCCUCCAAUCCAUCAGUGUCACAAUGGGCAUACCCUUUGUUCCACCUGUAAAGCAAGGGUGCAUAACCGGUGCCCAACUUGUAGACAGGAGCUUGGUGACAUAAGGUGUCUAGCACUGGAGAAGGUUGCUGAAUCGCUUGAACUGCCCUGCAAGUAUUGCUCUCUAGGGUGCCCAGAGAUAUUUCCCUAUUAUAGUAAACUCAAACACGAGGCUGUCUGUAACUUCAGACCAUACAACUGUCCAUAUGCUGGAUCAGACUGCUCCACUGUUGGGGAUAUUCCAUUCCUUGUUUCUCACCUCCGGGAUGAUCACAAGGUGGACAUGCAUUCCGGAUGCACUUUUAAUCAUCGUUAUGUAAAGUCUAAUCCUCGUGAAGUAGAAAAUGCCACAUGGAUGUUAACUGUCUUCCACUGUUUUGGUCAGUAUUUCUGUCUACAUUUUGAAGCCUUCCAGCUUGGUAUGGCUCCUGUUUACAUGGCAUUUCUCCGGUUCAUGGGGGAUGAAGCAGAAGCUCGGAACUACAGCUACAGCCUGGAGGUUGGAGGAAAUGGCCGAAAGCUGAUUUGGGAGGGCAACCCAAGAAGCAUAAGGGAUAGCCACAAGAAGGUUAGAGACAGCCAUGAUGGCCUCAUAAUACAGCGCAACAUGGCGCUUUUCUUCUCUGGUGGGGAUAGAAAGCUGAAGCUGCGGGUCACAGGACGAAUAUUGAAGGAACAGCAGAACCCAGAAGGUGGGACCUGCAUACCUCUCUGUAGCUAGCCUGGUUGGAUAUCUCUUUCCCUCAUUUGUGUGCUAAAUAUUAUCUUAAUGUUAUUAGUGAAUUUAGAUUUUAAGGAUUCUUUUAUUGGAUUAUAACGUUUCAAUGCUGGAGGCUUUGUACUUAGUCUGUUAAGCUUCCAGUUAUCCUCUUAAAGCUGAAACACGAAACUGUUGUCUUGAUGGAGU